AUACAAAUCCUUCGAUGUUCAGAAGAAUGCUUUAAAAUGUAGCUGCUACGGUACCAGAGCUGACGGCGAGGCUCUAGUUCCGGACGUCUAAGGAGCCGAAUUUUGCCCUCAAGAAACAUGUCCGCCGAGAAUUAAAGCGACUAUGGCUGCCCACAACUGGCUCUUGGCUGAUGAUGCUCGGCCCUCGCCUUAGUUUCUGUUGCUAGGGACUCCCUGAGCACCGAUAUAGUAGUCGGGCCUAUGUGUGCAGAGGCAGCACGGGUACUGAGGUGCAGGAGUUGCCUGACAAAGCCUCAACAUGUCUUUGGCAUCAAAUGGAACUGAAGCAGAAGAACUGGAUAUGGAGUUAUACCAGCUGAUUGACGAUACAGCUUCUGCUACAACAUAUGACUCUGAUACCGAAAAGAAAAUGAAGAAGAAAACAAGCAAGCCACCCAGGACUCCCAAGUCUCCAUACCUCUCCAGCACAAAGCUUGGUCCUAAAAAGGCUCCUGUGUGGCGAUCCCUGAAGGGGACUGGUCUGAUGCACACAGAAAAUCCUAUGGCCACAGUUCCACGGCAGCUGUGGCUUGCUUCUCUAAAACAAAGCAAUGGUAUGACUCAGCCUUUAAAAGCAAGCAGUGAUAUUGGUCAGGCCUGGACCAGUCCUACGAGUAGCACUCCAGAGUAUCUCAAGGAAGCUCUUGGAAUGAAGAAACCCAAGUACUCCCGUUCUUCUAGCAAUGGUUAUGUCCCUGGUACUCCAGACUACAAAGAAAAAGAAGAUAUGUAUGACCAGAUAAUAGACUUGAAAAAGAUGUUGCAAGCUCAGAAGACUGAAGCCGAUAUUAUGAAAACAAAAAUGAGACGUUUAGAAGAGGAAAAUAAUCGGAAAGAUCGCCAAAUUGAACAGUUACUGGAUCCAUCCAGGAGCUCAGAUUUUGCAAGAAGCCUAGUGGACAAAAAAAGUGACAGCAGUCUGGUUGUAAAUAACCUCCGACAGAAGGUCUUAAAAUUGGAGAAACAGUGUAAGGAAAAGGAUAGUGCACUUAGCAAACUCCAGUCAGAGCUAAAAACGACAAGCCUUGAAGAGAUGAGGAUAGCAAUGGAAACCUACUACGAAGAGAUCCAGCGGCUGCAAACUUUACUGGCCAGAACUGAAGCUACAGAGAGAAGAUCUCCUCCAGAAAGCAAAGAGUCCCAGAAACAGCAGAAGGUGCUAAAAUCUGCUGUUAUGAGACUAUCAAAGCAAAUCAAGGAGCUGCAAGAGGAAAAUGGAAGCCUGAAAGCUGAUCUAGACAGAGCUAUGUCUCAGUCGCCUACAUCCACUAGGAAAAAAGAUUACACUGAAUGGAGCAAACAGAGACUGGUGAGGAGAAUUUCAGAACUGGAAAAGAAGUUGGAGAAACUAGAAAAGCCAAGUUCCUCAUCAACUGAGCAAGAAACGGGAGCUCGGGUUACUGUUGUGCGUGAUUCUGCACAGGGAGAUGCCUCAUUACUCCCUAAAUCUGACCUUCAUGAGGAGUGUGAACGUCUAAGGACCAUACUCAAGAAAGUCAAAGAAGAUCGAGGAUCUCUGCAAACGCUUCUCGCCACUAAAGAGUCAGACAUAAAAAAACUACAGCAGGAGAAGGCUGAUUUUGACAAGCAACUACAAAAAGCUAAAGAGAGGAAUGAGGAGAGAGAAGAAAUUCGAAGACUUAAUCAAAAAAUUAAAAAUUUGGAAGCCAAGCUGGAGGAUGAAAAACGUGAAAAAGUAUCUAUACUUGAAGAUAUGAAAAAGACUGCAUCUCAAGGAUCCCGUCCAAACUCAGCCAAAAGUGCACAGAGCACAGCAUCGAGACCAGGGUCUGCCAGUAAAGAGCUGCAAGAAAGACAAAAUGCUGCAGAACUCAUACAGAAGAACUGGAGGCUAUAUAAAAGCAGGAAAGACAAUGUUGAUCUGGAAGAUCUGGAAGAUCUGGAAGAGACGGCCGUGCUGCUUCAAUCAGUUCUUCGAGGGCAUUUAGCCAGACAAACCAUAUUAUCCUCAUCUUUAGACCCCCGAUCACCCUCUCCAGGAGCAGACAUUCUCCGGGGCUCCAAUACAUCACAAAACCACAGUUUAAAAGAUAUGAGCAAGGAUGAAGAUGAUGCUGUGAGCUUUCUUCAAGCCGCUUUUAGAGGACACCUGGCUCGCAAAAAACUAUUCGAUAGCAGCGAUCUGACAGCUAGAGUAAGUUCUAGCAGGAAAAGCAGCAGAGAAAGCAUGAGAUCACCAAGAUCCAGGAUAUCCUCCAGCCAAGAUGUCCAGUACUCUUUAGCGAGUGAAAGCAGUGACGAAUGCACCGACGACCCGAUAUUUGGAGAGGAGAAGGCAGAAUCAAGAGUUAAAAAAGCAGGGUCUCUAAAAGUCUCACCUCAACGUCCACCUUCAGCUUUAGGCAGGAGGCAACAACAUGAUGAAGAAGUGCCUUCAGAUGAUUCUGAUGACAUUAUAGUAAUGCCACAAUCAAGGCCUCCGAGAAGAAAAGACUCUAAUUUUUAGGUUUUUUAAAAAAAAAAUUGCUUUCACUGUGCCUUCCUUUUUUUCCUACAAGUGUUGGAACAUUCCCUGUAGCAAAAAAAUUCUGAGCCUUCAGAAACACAAAUUUCAUGUUUUGGAUUUCCAUUACUACACGAUCUGUACAUCAGCCAACAUACAAGAUGGCACUUAGGUUAUUUAAAGCUUCUGUAAUAAAACAGACUGUAAAGUUCAGAA